UUCAUUUGAUUUUUUCUUUUUAUAGAUAUUUUUUGUGAAUGCUGCAUCACCCUCACUUGAUGAAGAGAUCAUUGACCCAGCUGCAGCUGUUGGUGGCCACACACUCUCACACUCAGACCUCGAGGCUUCCACUGACCACAUAGUCUCUAAUACCAGUGACACAGUUGGUCCUCACAUGGUACCAGAUGUUGGUGCUGAAUCCAUCUUGGCUUCGCAGGCUGUUGAGUCCAUAGCUUACAUCCCUCCACCUCCAGUACCCCCAGAAGCUGUCGGUCCAGCUCUUAAUGCCCUUGGUGAACCCACAUUUGCAAGUCUGGGUCUGGGUGGCUGGGGACCAGUUGGCAUCAUCCAGCAAUGUCUAGAACAAUUACAUGUGACUGCUGACCUCCCCUGGUGGGGGGCUAUUGCUAUAACCACGGUCAUCAUUCUGACGUUGAUCUUCCCACUGGUGUUGAUGUCUCAGAGGAACGCUGCCAAGAUGAACAACAACAUGCCACAACUCCAGUUCCUUCAGAUGAAAAUGACAGAAGCCAGGAACAGUGGUGACCAACUCAAUGCUGCAAGAUAUGGUCAAGAGAUGAUGUUGUUUAUGAAGGAGAAGGAAAUAAGCCCACUGAGGAAUGUUAUCGUCCCUCUGGCACAAGCACCCAUUUUUAUCUCCAUGUUCGUGGGUCUCCGUGGAAUGGCAAAUUUGCCCUUGGAAAGCUUCAAGGACGGAGGUAUAUUUUGGUUUACAGACCUGACUGUCUGUGACCCACUCUACUUGUUGCCUAUCAUCACCUCCAUCACCAUGUUGGCCACAAUAGAGCUGGGAACGGACGGCGCUAAACUGAAUGCACAAAACAUGCACUUAAUGAAGUACGUCCUGCGCGGAAUUCCAAUCCUAGUCUUUCCCUUUACACUCAGCUUCCCUGCGGCAGUGUUGUGCUACUGGGUCUCAACCAACCUGUUCUCACUGAUACAAGUGGGAUUCCUCAAGAUUCCCUCCAUCAGGAAGUACUUCAAGAUUGACCAGCUGGUGACCCACAAGAAGGAGAGUCUUCCCCCAAAGAAAGGAAUGAUUGAAGGCUUCAAGGAAUCUUGGAGGAACAUGAAGAUUUCAAAUGAAAUUGCUGAUCGUCAGAAGUAUGAUGAGAUGAGGUUCUCCAAGGCAGGUAUGGGACCUCUCGUACGCACUUACAAACACGACCCAACCAAGAGAGUAAUAAAUGUUCAGGCCAAAGUGAAGAGCAAAUAAUGUUUUUAACAAACUAUGAGCUGUAUCAGCUGAGAAGAACAAAUAGGGAAAAACUAUGAGAAAAUCUGCCAUUGUUAUAAUCACUUUUCAAGUUGAAAUGGAACACCAGAAACUGUUAGAUAGAAUUUCUUCAGUUGAUUGUGUUGCUCUUUGACACGUACGGUGUUUUAGUGGCAUUAUUUAUCUCCUGACCCUCCUCAUACUGGUGACUGACAGGAAUCCAUGACUCCUCCCAAGUCAUGAAUGAUCGUCUAUAUAAGUCUUUUGAGUUCACUGUUGUUAAUAAAGUAUUAUGAAUAACAAGAUGAGGAUCGUGUAGGAGACACACUGCUGCAUUUGUGAGCUCGUCAUUGUCAUUCAGUUGUCCUGGUGUGUAAUUUAUGAAUGUGUGUACUGUACUUAAGAGCAAGUAAGAGCAAGAAUAUUAAAAUUCAACAUUUCCUUAAAAUUUGACAAUGGUGUAGUUUGUGUAUUGAUACCAAUUUGUAUAUAUAAAGUACUGUAUAUUGUACAGUAUUACAGGUAUGUAAUGAAUAUUUUUGUAAAUACCAAUAUUUCAGACUUGGUUAAAAGUUUACUUCACUUGGUGUUAUUAACCGAACAUAUUAAACUGUAUUUUUUUUGUAAAA